UCGAGGCCUUGCGUCCCUCCUCGUCUCGCGCGCCCUCGUUUCUUACAGUUCUUUAGCUCGGAUUACUUCCUUCCCUAUCGUCAGGUUUUCGAGCGCGCGGGAGAGCGCGUCUGCGCGUGUCGACACCCUCGCCUGCGUUCUGUCAGCGUCUCGCCCGGCUCCAGUCUCCUGGAGGCUCCGUUAACCGGCGCUGGGUUCCUGCUUCCGUCUUCUCGCCCCCGUCUUGCUGCUCCCUCCCCCGCUUCCAUCUCCUUCUCCCCUUGCGCGCCGCCUCCCGCUUCUCCUCCAUCAGACCUGGCACUGCGGGAGCUUCGCCGGCGCGGAGACCAAAGCGAGCUUGCCGGCACGGAUUUAGAUGUAUAUACUUGAAUAAUGCCAAAGGAAAACCUCCUUUCCCUCUUUCAGAAGUAAAUUUCAUUGAUUUCUGUGGAAUUUAUGCCCAGACUUUACUAUGAAGAUAAUUGCUGUUAUGCUGCAAGUAUUAGGGACAUGUUGCGACUAAAUACAUUUGUAUUUAUUGAGACUUUCAACAAAAUUCCCAUAUUUAUGAUUAAGUACUAUAAAGCUAAAACUUCUGUGACCUUAGUACUUGGAAUAUACAUCCUCUGGGAUAAUUGUUUUGAAGUUCUGCUAUAGGAUAAAUGCCUUGAGAAGCACAACAUGAUGAACGAACAGCACUGAAACCUUGGAAUCUUUGUACUGACUGAGGAAUUACAAUGUUUGCUUUGUGAACAAAAAAUAUUUUGUAGCAGACAAAACAUUUGAAAAUGCGGCCAUGGACUGGCUCCUGGCGAUGGAUUAUGCUCAUCCUUUUUGCUUGGGGGACCUUGCUUUUUUACAUAGGUGGACACUUAGUACGAGACAGUGAGCAUCCAGACCACUCUAGCCGUGAACUGUCAAAAAUAUUAGCAAAGCUUGAACGAUUGAAACAACAAAAUGAAGAUUUAAGACGAAUGGCAGAGUCUCUCAGGAUACCAGAUGGUUCUAUUGACCAGGGCCCAGCUGCAGGAAGAGUACAUGCUUUAGAAGAACAGCUAAUAAAAGCCAAAGAACAGAUGGAAAAUUACAAACAACAAACAGGAGAUGUGGGCUUUGGAAAAGACCAUGAAAUGCUGAGAAGAAGGAUUGAAAAUGGAGUCAAGGAGCUUUGGUUUUUUCUCCAGAGCAAAUUGAAGAAACUAAAAAACUUGGAAGGAAGUGAAUUGCAUAAGCAUAUUGAUGAACUUCUAUCUGACUUGGGUGAUCAUGAAAGGUCAGUAAUGACAGAUCUGUUCUACCUCAGUCAAACUGAUGGAGCAGGUGCUUGGCGAGAAAAAGAAGCCAAAGAUUUGACAGAGCUAGUGCAGAGGAGAAUAACUUACCUUCAGAACCCCAAGGAUUGUAGCAAAGCCAAGAAACUAGUAUGCAAUAUCAACAAAGGAUGUGGUUAUGGUUGUCAACUUCAUCACGUGGUCUACUGCUUCAUGAUAGCAUAUGGCACUGAAAGGACACUGAUUUUGGAAUCUCAGAAUUGGCGCUAUGCAACUGGAGGCUGGGAGACUGUUUUUAGGCCAGUGAGUGAGACAUGUACUGAUAGAUCAGGAAGUACUACUGGACAUUGGUCAGGUGAAAUGAAUGACAAAAAUGUUCAAGUUAUAGAAUUACCUAUAGUUGACAGCCUACAUCCACGGCCUCCAUAUUUGCCACUGGCAAUUCCAGAAGAUCUGGCUGAUAGACUAAUUCGUGUCCACGGGGAUCCUCCAGUAUGGUGGGUCUCUCAGUUUGUUAAAUACUUGAUUCGUCCACAGCCUUGGUUAGAAAAAGAGAUAGAAGAAGCCACAAGAAAACUUGGCUUUAAACAUCCUAUUAUUGGUAUUCAUGUCCGUAGAACAGACAAAGUGGGAACAGAAGCAGCAUUUCAUCCAAUUGAAGAAUACAUGGUACAUGUUGAAGAACGUUUCCAACUUCUUUCCCAGAGAAAUCAUAUUGACAAAAAGCGAGUCUAUUUGGCUACAGAUGAUCCUUCACUAUUGCAAGAGGCAAAAUCCAAAUAUCCAAACUAUGAAUUCAUAAGUGACAAUUCCAUAUCAUGGUCAGCGGGUCUUCAUAAUCGAUACACUGAAAACUCUCUGCGGGGUGUUAUUUUGGAUAUACACUUCUUGUCUCAGGCAGACUUCCUUGUGUGCACUUUUUCUUCACAGGUUUGUCGAGUUGCUUAUGAAAUCAUGCAGACAUUACAUCCUGAUGCAUCUGCCUUUUUUCAUUCCUUGGAUGAUAUUUAUUAUUUUGGGGGACAGAAUGCCCACAACCAGAUUGCAAUUCAUGCUCAUCAUCCUCGAACUGCAGAUGAAAUUCCUAUGGAACCUGGAGAUAUAAUUGGUGUUGCUGGAAACCACUGGGAUGGUUACUCCAAAGGCAUCAGUAGAAAAUUAGGGAGAACAGGUUUAUACCCCUCCUACAAAGUAAAAGAGAAAAUUGAGACAGUCAAGUAUCCCAUAUAUGAAGAGGCUGACAAAUAAAAACAGUGGAAUAAUUCAUAGCAACUUUUACUUUGAACUAUUACAACCAACCAUUCUGUUGACUUUCAUAGGAUGUGAAUUUGCAUUUUAACAUAUGGUUAAAAUGGAAGCCUUUUAUUGUUCAGACUGGAUGCACAGCAUGGAACAAUUGAUAGGGCACUGUUUGAACUUACUUUGUUAUAUGCACACUGCACACAUGCACACUGAUACACAUUCAGCAGGAAAACUGUUGUUUUAUACUCUUGGUCUUUCUGAGGAUAUGUCCCUCCCAUGAAUCAUACAUGAAUUUUGGGCUCAGUUCUUUGCCAUUAAUAAACAAUAAGACUUUUAA